AUGGAGCAAGGAAUAUCUGGUGAUGCGACCAUUCCAAUGGUUAUCAAACGUUUUCUAACCGAUAACCAACUCCAUGAGUUUAUUGACCAAGGUGUAUUAGUAGUUCCAAAUGUUUUAACUCCAGAAGAAGUGACAGAAUUGCGUCAAGGACUGCAUAAUGAACUGGCCAAGUACGGAGUGGAUCACGAGAAUUUGGCAGAAACAGGUGACAAACUCAAGAACUUAUCGAGUACUGGUGGUGCUGGUGGUAUCCUUGACUUGUUCUAUCCGUCAUGGAGAUUGAAAGUAGCAGAGCAUGAAAAUAUCUUUGCGGCCAUGACGGACUUGUGGCAAGCAACGUAUGCGUGCAAUCACCCAUACUUCCAACAUCCAUUUGGAGACUUUAAUGGGAAACGAGGAUACAUGUAUAUCAACCGUGUGUGCUACCGUGUACCAGACGCGAUUUCUAAAAAGUUUGGUGCGAAGAAGUCGCGUCCACUGCAGCGUUCAUUGACGCCACAUUGGGAUUGUUGCCCGACGAAGAUGUAUGAAUCAAACAAAAGCACGCCUCGAUGGCGACCGAUUCAGUGUAUCACGGUGCUCACGAACAACACGGAGCCUAACACGGGUGGUUUUGAAGCUGUACCUGGUUUCCACAAGGAUUUUGCUGCAUACGCGACCAAACAACAGAGACCAGAUUCAAUGACUGAAACUCCAAUAACAGCACCUGUACGCCGCCCGCAGGUUUGUCUAGGUGACUUCUCACCGUUACGUAUGCAAGAGGACCGCGAAGUGAUCGAUCGCUACCAGCACAUUGGCUGCGAAGCUGGUAGUGUGAUUUUCUUUGACUGGCGUAUUCCACAUGCCAACAGCUACAAGCACGUCGGUAGUAUCCCGCGCGAGGUCAUCUACACGGGUUUUAUCCCGGAUACGCCCAUAAACCGUACUUACGUGCAAGAACAGUUACGUCGAUACAAAGCCCGCUUGCUUCCCGUUGAUCAUUGGCAAAAAAAUGAUGUUGAUGCUCGUGUUCGUGAGGACUUUUCCGCCCAUCAUUUCUCAGCUCUAGGGUCUCGUCUCAUUGCACUCUACCCAUGGUAA